AUAUGUCCAGGCGUCGCCUACGCUGUAGCGAUUCGCGUUCUUGUAACGGAUGAGGACAUAUGGAUAUGGUGUUUGCGCUCCCCAACCCCAUGCGUCGUGUUCGUCGUUGGAAAGAGUCGGAAGAUCCACAAUGGCUGCCGGAGUCUGCCUUAUCUCAUCUGCACUCAGCCGCCCCCGCGCGUUCCUUCCUGCCAAUUCAACCCAGGUGGCGGUGAAAGAAGAGCAGCAAUCGCUUCGAAGCUCUCCAUCUAAAGUCCAAACUACUCGCCGAAACGUUUCUUUACUGUCACUGCUCGCUGUAAUCCCCUCGCUUUAUCAGCCCCUUUCCGCCUCCGCAUUCUCCAUCGGAUUCUCAGGACCCAAGGAAUGGCUGAAAGAGCAGAAGAAGAAAGCUUCAAAAUUCCUCUUGGCCCCUAUUGAUGCCUCACGAGAGAGCCUCCACCGUGUCUACCUUCUAUUAACGGCAAGUGAUUUUGAUUAUUUGAGCGUGGACUUGGGAGAAGUUCAGGGAUUACUUAGGUCUGCUGCAAGGGACUGUGUUCCACAGGAGAGGAAUUCGUUCGUGUCGUUUCAAUCUAAUACGGGAGUUGAGGUAUGCACAUUUAGGUUGCUUGUGAAUAAUGCAUCUUCAUUACUUGAAAAUAAGAAUCCUGUAAAGUUGGAAACUGAAGCUAUGCUGGAUGAUCUUAUAAGUUCUUUUACCUUCCUUAAUGGUGUGAUUGGCAAAACCGAUAUUCAACUUGCCUCUAACAGAGGAUGUUUGUAUCAUUCUUGAUAUUGUUAUUGAGUGCAAACGUCUCUCAAAGGAGGACGGCAUUGUGAAGACAUAAAACGAAGUACAAUCUGAAGAUCCUCAGGAUACUAACUGCUGACUUCAUUCCAAGCCUGAGGGCCAAGAGCUUAUAAGUGCCGAGCUAGGGAAUAGAUGAUCAGGGCAAAUAGAGGCAACUGGCAAUUGGUCAUUUAAUUUAAGGAAACCCAAGCACUUGGCCUUUGGGUGUGAGGCCAGCGUUGCUUCUGUAUAUAUCAAGAAGCACCUCAUCCUUCCCUCAUCAGUAGGGGAACAAACCUCUCCGUGCCUGGAAAGGGUGACGUGCUUGUGGACAGACAUAAAUCCUCCUCCAUACUUCUAUUAACAAGCUCUAUCCAAAGUUUGAAGGUCAGAAUUGACAUCUUAAAAAUUCUUGCAUUUCCUUACUUCCUGAUCUCCCACACAAAGAUUGCAUGUGAAGAUAAGUGCUCUCGUUACUUCUUCUCAGUCAGUCCUGAAUCAGUUCCCCAAGUGAGCGCCUACUCCACCAUUGGCCGACUAGGGUAAGCUGCCAUUCUCACUGAAACACAAGAAGCAAACCAAGCUAUUCCGGCAUGGUGCAUUCCAAGAGAGCAUGCUCAACAGAUUCGUUACCCUGUCCACAACAAAGGCAUGAUUUUGUGUUGAGCUAUUCUUCUUUGCUUAAGAUUUACCUGAACUCCAACAGCAUUUGAACUCUAAUGGCAUUUAGACAAGAUUUCCAGAAGAAUAAUUGAAUUUUUAGGAGCACUUUGGAGCUCUAUUGAAUUUUCUAGACAUUAUUUGGAAGAUUGUUUGCCCUUGCAGCAGACUUGCAAUUCUUCUUUUUCUUUCCCCUCCCCUCCCCUCCCCCUCCUUUUCUUCUUCUAGUCUCCUACUAGAAUGGUGACCAAAUCUUUAAUUUUUGUCACGUGUAAAUAACUUUUGGUAAUAAUAGAAGUGGCAAAAUGAAUAAA